GAACAAAAAACAGUGCGCGUGGGAGCGUGGUUGAUUAUUCGGUGGAUUGAGGGAGGCACGUGGGCGGGACGUGGCCUGUGAAGCCGGGACCGAGGGAAUCGUUCGUGAUUUUCAUCUCACUGCUGGGAGGAGCACUUGUCAUUAACUAGCUGCCUGGCUAGCAAGCAAACGUCAACAUGAAGCUUCUCACGCACAACAUGCUCACGUCAAAAUGUUUGAAAAAUGUGGUCAGCGGAUAUCCUUUACAGAUUUCGAUCAACUCGCCAGAAGAUGUGAAGGUGCAAGAAGUGGACUUCAAUCCAGAAUUCAUAGCAAGAAUCAUUCCAAAGGUGGACUGGGAUGUGCUAUGCAAAACAGCUGAAGAGGUUGGACACAAAGGGGACCUGCCUGCCACGUUGGACCAAGAUUAUGAGACGAAUGAAGAGUUUCUGAAGAUGGCUCAUCAUGUUCUUCUGGAAGUGGAGGUGAUGAGCGGGGAGCUGGUAUGCCCAGAGACGGGCCGGAGGUUCCCAGUCACCGAUGGCAUUCCCAACAUGCUGCUGAACGAGGACGAGGUGUGAACUCGUCGACGUCAUUGCACCUUUCAUUUUGAUGUAACCCCGCCUGACCGUUCAUUUUUGUCUUGUUAAAUACAGAUUACGCUUAUCAAUA